CUGCUCUGCUGGGGGGCUCUGGUGGCGCAGCUCGCGCUGCUGGUCCUGGGGCUGCUACACGCGCUGCUGCUGGUGCUCCUCCUGGGUCGCCUGCGGAGGCUGCGUGCGCACGCACGCGACUGGGCCUUCCACGAGUUAUCGCUCACAGGCCCGCUGGUAGCCGAGCCAGAUGCAUACUAAAGACAGGCGCAAAGCAACAAAGAUCUGCAAACUUUGCAGGUCCCUGCUAGAGGACCCUCUCCUUCACCUGGAUCAGCCUUGGCCUCUGCCCUUGCCCAAUUUUCCAGACCCAAACUUGGCAGGCUUGAAUCCACGUGGAGCCAAACUGCUGCCAGCACUCAGGGAGUGAAACCACCCUGAGCCUUCAGAGCCUCGGGAGUUGGAGCAGCCCAACUCCGCACUGAGCAGUCUCCCCUGUCAGAGUCAGCACUGAAUAAACUUUCUCCUCCCCAUCUGGCGGUUUCUGUA